CGUUAAUGUGUUCGUGUUCAAGCCCAACGGGCAAACCCACGCCUAAGUCCCCUGCUCGAGAAUGGUGUGAACACUAUACAUAGAGGACGGUGUGUCCUCUUUGGCCGAACCACAGAGCCCGGCCCUUACACUGCGAGGCGGUUGCAAACAUGUCAAUCAAAGCCAUCUUCUACAGCAAGUUCGAUCCGCAUGAAGGUCCCAAAAUAGUGCAUCAGGUGCCUGAGGGAUCGAUCUUGACAGCGGCGGAUGCCCCGGCGUCUGCCAGUGCGCCGAACAAUGGCCCCGUAUACGGUUCCAACUCGUCGACGAUGCCUCUACACGCCUUCUCCACUAUAUCGCGCUUCGUUAUCCCUCGCCAAUCGCUCUGCGGGAAUUUGAUCUCUCUAUCUCCCCCGCCGCUGACACCGAACACACCUCCUACACUGAUCCUGUCGUAUCCAUUAUGUCUGACGUCGCCGCACUAUCCGCGCAACGAGUUCAUCUUCAACUUUGCACUGGUGCUAGGCGAGCCCACGACGGUGGACGUGCCAUCAUACAAAUCAGUGUUGAAGAAGCUUGCACAUUUGAUGCGAAGUCUGGAAGAACAAUCGCAUUUUCUGAGCGAUGACACUGCGGCCCCGAACUCGGGCAAGAUUUACAGUCUGUGUGAGAUGUUGAUGGAAGACCUGAACGACUACUGCGAAUGCAUGAUCCCCAUCGAUGAGCUGAAUACUUUGAACAUCAAGCUAUUUCCGACGCUGCCCAACCCCGUGAGCGUGAACCCAUGGCAUGUACCGUUGUUUACUGUCAGGAUUGAGACCAUGGUGGAUGAGAACUGGGACUUGACGAUGCUUCGCAUCAUUCCGUACAUCAACGGCGUGAACAGCGUCAAGAGGAUUGCCACUUUGGCAGACGCCGAUCUCAAAUUUACCAAGAAAUGCGUCAAACAUUUGUUGUAUUACGGUUGUGUGUUGUUACUUGACAUUUUUAGUUUUAAUGCCAUUUACGCCCCGACUGCCGAGUUUGCCAACUUGAUUGCCAAAGAUACAGACAUGCAGAAGGAGUGCGCCAGGUAUGUGAACACGGCGUUUGCACCCGGUGCCCAGGAGGAAGCCAUUGUCGACGGCGGCGCCACUGAGCGAAGGACUAGUGGUUUGACGGCAACCACACUGGGACACGAGGAUCCCUGGCCAGUAACUGGCAAAGGCGACCCUAUUGAUGGUGUUGGGAUCGUACAGUUGUUUGCGAGUCUACGGCAGGGCCUAACGGUCCGAGAGUGGUACGCGCAGAACGCGAACAUGUUGGCGAACAUUGACAUGCGACGGUUCGUUACUUUUGGAGUCAUCAAAGGGUUUUUGUACCGUGUGCAUCGAUACGCCAUACGCACACAGAAGGGUCAGCAGUCGGUACACGGCCAGCAUGUCGACACGGUUGAUGAGUCGGAACAUGAUCACCGCUAUCUGACUGGAAGCAUGUCCAGCGAGCGACAGUUGAACGAAGGUUCGUUGAGUAGUAAGAGGAAGCAGGCUGGCAAGCGGCAUGACAUUCGUCUACUGAACUCGAGGAUCAUCGAGUAUCUGGACGGCACUCAUUGUUUUGAUGAGAUUUGCACCGACCUGGAUAUCAGCGAGAGGGACCUCAUGGACAGAUUGAAGAGCCGCGAGCUAGGCGAUGUGGUCAUUAUUUGUAGAUGAGUAUAAGCUUCCCUACUACCACCUAGAUGACUACAAGGGUAUGAGCGGUCGAAAACUCGAGUAUGCAACAAUAUAAAGGAGCGUAUGUACGUCUGUGUAAUAAUGCUUUUUGGCAUAAAUGGUCCUGGUUUUUAUCCGCAUCUCUGCAGCACAUCUUUAUCGCAGAAUCCUGGUUUUGAAGGUGCCUUCCCCCUGAAGGCACAGACACAAUCCUAGUACUGACGAUACCCAAAAAAAAAAAAGGAAACGAAGGAUGGACAACAAAAAGACGAAAUCCAAAAAGCAAAAAUGAUAUGAGAGGAGUGGGGUUCGAACCCACGCUUCCUUACGGA